CAGGUCCCUGUCGCAGUGACAGUAUGAUGAGCACGAUGUCUGGAGGUGGAAGUAGCUCCAUGUCUGGGGGAACCAGCAUGGUGAUGUCGGGGGGCAAGCCCGAGAGGUGGCAGACGGUCCGGAGAAACAUGCAGUCUGGAGGACUCAGACCCACAAGCUUUGGCGAUUCAGUAGGGGCUCUGUCUUCUGCUUCCACCCUGGAUCCCGUCCCCUCUGCUGGGCCGCUGGCCCGGCCACGCACCCUGCUGCGCCAGCAGAGUCUCCAGCAGCCUCUCAUCCACCCACCCGCCCCAAGCCUCCUCACCCACCUGCCACCCACCUCCUCCCAGAGCCUGGGUCAGAUACACCAGGUUCCCCCACUGGGGCCCAGCCAGCCAGGGGGAGGCGUGGGCAGUGUUGGAGGAUGUGGAGGAACGCAACGAGGCCCCAGGGGGGUGCGAGGGAGCCCGGCGGGGGCAGGUGCCUCACGGUACAGGGGAGGAGGAGGAAGAGGUAACCCUGGGUCCUGGGAUCACAUGAUGGGCCAGUUGAAAAACAGAGGCCUGGAUGCCAAGUCCUUCCUGUGAGUUUCUUAUUUUCCUCCAUCUGGGUUGGUAACUGUCUCUGUCUGGGUUGGUAACUGUCUCUGUCUGGGUUGGUAACUGUCUCCAUCUGGGUUGGUAACUGUCUCUAUCUGGGUUGGUAACUGUCUCUGUCUGGGUUGGUAACUGUCUCUGUCUGGGUUGGUAACUGUCUCUGUCUGGGUUGGUAACUGUCUCUGUCUGGGUUGGUAACUGUCUCUGUCUGGGUUGGUAACUGUCUCUGUCUGGGUUGGUAACUGUCUCUGUCUGGGUUGGUAACUGUCUGUCUGGGUUGGUAACUGUCUGUCUGGGUUGGUAACUGUCUGUCUGGGUUGGUAACUGUCUCUGUCUGGGUUGGUAACUGUCUCUGUCUGGGUUGGUAACUCUCUGUCUGGGUUGGUAACUGUCUCUGUCUGGGUUGGUAACUGUCUCUGUCUGGGUUGGUAACUGUCUCUGUCUGGGUUGGUAACUGUCUCUGUCUGGGUUGGUAACUGUCUCUGUCUGGGUUGGUAACUGUCUGUCUGGGUUGGUAACUGUCUGUCUGGGUUGGUAACUGUAUCCGUCUGGGUCGGUUGGUAACUGGUAGCCCUGAUUUUGUGUCCCAAAUGGAACCCUAUUCCCUAUGUAGUGCACUACUUUAGACCAGGGCCCUAUAGAACCCUAUUCCCUAUAUAGUGCACUACUUUAGACCAGGGCCCUAUAGAACCCUAUUCCCUAUAUAGUGCACUACUUUAGACCAGAGCCCUAUUCCCUAUAUAGUGCACUACUAUAGACCAGAACCCUAUUCCCUAUAUAGUGCACUACUUUAGACCAGAGCCCUAUGGCCCUAAAUAAGGAAUAGGGUUAGGAUGCAGAUACUGUGUCUGCUGUUGUCACUUCCCUUCUCGGCCCCUGCUUCCUCCACUGUCUGAGUUGCUCUGCCCUCUAUGGGAUGUGAUCCUCCUCUAUCCUGCUUCCUCCACUGUCUGAGUUGCUCUGCCCUCUAUGGGAUGUGAUCCUCCUCUAUCCUGCUUCUUCCACUGUCUGAGUUGCUCUGCUCUCUAUGGGAUGUGAUCCUCCUCUAUGGGAUGUGAUCCUCCUCUAUCCUGCUUCCUCCACUGUCUGAGUUGCUCUGCUCUCUAUGGGAUGUGAUCCUCCUCUAUCCUGCUUCUUCCACUGUCUGAGUUGCUCUGCUCUCUAUGGGAUGUGAUCCUCCUCUAUGGGAUGUGAUCCUCCUCUAUGGGAUGUGAUCCUC